AUGGACUUGAGACUGAGGGUCGGCGGCCCCGAUGGUGGUGGUGAGAUUGAAGGGACCUCACCGGACAUGUUAAAGAAUACACCUUGGAAUAUACGGAGAUUGGCGAGUGAGAUUGAGCAGUGUGAAGGCAGGCAGAAAUAUCUUGCUCACACGAGGAGCCCCUCAGAUGGCGGGGAUGUUCGGUGGUACUUUUGCAAGGUCCCUUUGGCAGUUAAUGAGUUAGCUGCAUCAGUCCCUGCAACAGAAGUUGUUGGUAAAGGUGAUUAUUUUCGGUUUGGUAUGAGAGAUUCCCUUGCAAUAGAGGCAGCUUUUUUGCAGAGAGAGGAUGAGUUACUCUCCUGUUGGUGGAAAGAGUAUUCUGAGUGUAGUGAAGGCCCAAGGGGCACAGGUGUUGUUCCCACGUCAUUCUCACAGAAAAAAGAAUUAUUUCCCACGAGUCCAGAGUCAACCGAGCUAUAUGCAGUUGAAGAAGAAAGAGUUGGUGUCCCUAUAAAAGGAGGAUUAUACGAGGUAGAUUUGGUCAGGAGACAUUGUUUUUCUGUAUACUGGAAUGGAGAGGUUAGACGUGUCCUGCGUGGCCACUGGUUUGCAGGUGGUCUUGAUUGGCUUCCACUGCGUGAGGAUGUUUCAGAGCAAUUGGAGUAUGCAUAUCGUACUCAGGUUUGGCAUAGGAGAACCUUUCAGCAGUCUGGUCUUUUUGCUGCUCGUGUUGAUCUUCAGGGCUCUACUCCAGGACUGCAUGCUCUUUUUGUUGGGGAAGACGAUACAUGGGAAGCUUGGCUAAAUGUUGAUGCUUCUGGGUUUUCUGGUGUUGUAGGUUUUGGAGGAAAUGGCAUUAAGUUAAGACGUGGCUUUGCUCCAUCUCAUUCACAAAAACCAACGCAGGAUGAAUUACGUCAGCAAAAGGAGGAAGAAAUGGAUGAUUACUGUUCUCAGGUUCCUGUUCGACAUUUAGUAUUCAUGGUUCAUGGUAUUGGUCAAAGGAUGGAGAAAUCAAAUUUGGUCGAUGAUGUUGGAGACUUUCGCCUUGUAACUGCAAAUGUUGCUGAAAGACACCUGACUUCCCACCAACUUGCCACACAAAGAGUUCUUUAUAUUCCUUGCCAGUGGAGAAAGGGCCUGGCUCUUAGUGGCGAAGCUGCAGUCGAAAAGAUAACUUUAGAUGGUGUCCGAGGGCUGCGUACCAUGUUGAGUGCAACUGUUCAUGAUAUCUUAUACUAUAUGAGCCCUAUAUAUUGUCAGGAAAUCAUUGACUCGGUAUCCAACCAACUAAAUAAACUAUAUCUGAAGUUUCUGAAGAGGAAUCCUGGGUAUGAUGGAAAGGUCUCCAUAUACGGUCACUCUCUAGGUAGUGUUUUAUCUUAUGAUAUCCUUUGUCAUCAACAAACUCUGUGUUCGCCCUUCCCCAUGGAGUGGAUGUACAAAGAACAAAAGGAAAGUGAUGUGGCAUGUCCUGUUAGGAACAACUUAACACCUAGCAACCCAAUACCAAAUCCUAGGAACAAUAGCUCUGAGAAUGUCGAGUUUGUGAACAAGGGCAGUUAUAUGGACUAUCGGGACCUUUCUGAAGAGCCUGUGGAGAGAACAUUCCAUCUAAGUCCGCCUGCAUCAUCAGAGUCUGAUGAGUCAUCAUCAACACCUGACAUUGGCUAUCAGCAGACAAUUGAUGCCUUGUCAUUAGAUGAAAACUGCGAUGAACCUUUUCGCUAUUCAGAUCAUGUUGAUUUCCCCAGUAGCAGCAUGAAAACUAACUUUGAGUCUUGUGAUGAUAAUACGGAUGACAAGGCCAUCUCUGAUAAUAAAGACGAGACAAUUAAAUCUUUGGCGGAAGAGAUUAGUCUGCUGAAAUCAAAACUCAAGGAAUUGGAAGCUGAUAAAGUGAAUGGAAAAAAGUCUGCGACAGUUGAAAAUCAAUCUGGUCCUGAGAGAGUUCAAUGUGAGCAUGCAGAUCCUGUGAAGAGUUAUAAACCCCAAAUAAGAUACACAAAGCUAGAGUUCAAGGUUGACACAUUCUUUGCUGUUGGAUCUCCCCUUGGGGUAUUCCUUUCCCUGCGGAAUAUUCGAAUUGGAAUUGGCAAAGGGAAAGAAUACUGGAAAGAGGAAAAUAUAAAUGAGGAGAUGCCAGCAUGUCGGCAAAUGUUCAACAUUUUCCAUCCUUUUGAUCCUGUAGCAUAUAGAAUAGAACCACUCAUUUGCAAAGAAUAUAUACGCAAACCUCCCGUCAUUAUUCCCUACCACAGAGGCGGGAAACGGCUGUAUGUUGUUUAUGGUGAAUUCAAAGAAGGGUUAGCUACAUAUUCAAGAGCAAUAGCGGAUAAGUUCAGCGCUAUACGGGCUAAAGUGCUGACGCUCUGUGAAUCAGGGCACGAUGAUGGCCAGGACAAGCAAUCAGAAAAUAACCAAGAGGAAAAGGAGAGAUCUUAUGGCUCAGUAAUGAUGGAUAGAUUAAUAGGACACGAAGGCGGGAGGAUAGAUCAUGUAUUACAAGAUAAAACUUUUCGUCAUCCGUAUGUAUCGGCCAUUGGGGCACACACAAACUACUGGAGAGAUUAUGAUACUGCCCUUUUCAUGUUAAACCAUCUGUACCGGGAUGUAGCAGAGGAACCUGUCUCGCCUAAGGACCCACCUCUUAAAGGCGACUUAAAGGACGAAUAUAGGUUCAAAGGUUGGUCUGAUCCAAGGGAGGCUGCUGAGGAGGAACUCCCUUUGACUUUUGCAGAUGGUGUCUCGAUAAGGGGUGUUAUAGGUUCUUCACUGAUGGCCCGUCGUGCACCAAUUGGUAUAAUUUUGUUGCUUUUCAAGUGCAUAUAG